ACUGACGAACUUAUGUGAAGGCAGGCAGCUGAGCUGAAGUGUGUCAUGAGACUGUGUUGGAUGGUCCGCCUCCUGACCUCGACUCGUCUUGGCUCCUGUAAGGAAGUUUGCCUUUAAAAGCGCAGGAGUGGAACGGGACAAGGAGUCAGCGCAGCGGGAUUCACGACAUCACCAACAUGAGCUCUUCACGCGCCGUGGGACUUUAUUGGACGCUUUUACUCGCUAUUCUCUGCGAAGCAUCGGAAGACCCUGCCCUGGCGGUCCAAAGGGAAGUUACUGAUAUUGUGGUUGAUGAAGAUUUACUUCAGAAAGAGUUGUCACUUUCCCCUGAGGAACUGGAAACUUUGAUGAUGCAGAGACCAAUCAUCCCUAACCUUUCCAAAGUGAUGGCUGCAGACUCUUUAGACAUGACCCAGAGAGAAGCCACAAACUUUCACCCUGAGAAUGUCCCAAAAGGUCACCAAGUGUUUCGCCCUCGCUCCAUGGGUCCCGUGAACGGAUCAGAGGUUGAUUUCCCCCCAUCCUUUCCAAAUGCAGGCAACCUGAACAAAAUCUGUCUAUUUAGUAACGCUCCGGUCAAGUACCCAAAGGACAUGCUUCCUUCAACUGGCUUUAGCUAUGCGGUUCGACAGGCUGAAGCUAUCAAUCAACUCCAGUCCUGGUACAGCGUCUGCUGUCGCAUUAAUGGAACAGAAGCAGAGAAAAUCUGUUGUGCUGUACAAGCGUGGAAGAGAAGUAUGUGUACCUACUGUACUAAGGAAUUCUCCAUUAAGACCAGUCACUACUUCUGCUGCAAGAAGAGAGGGAAGGCCAGAUGGAAAUGUUUUGAGAACGAGGCGUCAGAUUCUUCAUAUGACGUCCCGCCCAGGGUCUCAAAUGUCAGUCCUCCUCGAAAGAUCAGAGGCUUCAAAUAUAACUCCAGCGCUUGCAAAGGGGUAAAAUGAAUGGGAGAAUGCUUUUGGUUCAAGGCAUAGAACAUGGUUUUAAAGGGCAUUUAACAAAUCAAUAAAACAUCUUUGGUAAUUGUUCACCUGAUUGUAAUGUGACCCGAGUGAAUCAAGUUUAGACAAACUGAGUACAACAGUGAUUUUUAUUAAUUACUUUUUCUGUAUUUCUUUUAUUUUAUUUUGAGGUUUUAGUGUCAGUAUUAUGUUUAGAAAACAUUUCUGGCAUUUGUUUUCUGGCAUUUUUUGGUAAGCCAUGAUGUUUUUAAAAAUGACAUUUUAAGUUAAAGUAAAUUUUAAGUGGAAUGUUGGUGUUGUUUGUUCCACUUUAAGACUGGUCAAUGUAAUAGCCUAAGUUUGAUUGAUGUUUAUGUUGUACUUGGAACCCUUGACAUCUGGGAAAAGGCCUUUAGAGGCCAUAUAUGGUGAUGUCCAUGCAUAUUCUUGCAUAUCGACUGGGAAAGUAUGGUUACAGAUUAUGUAACACUGAUAAUGUAUUACACAAACUCCUAGUGAAGAGUAUGAAAGAUGCCUGAAGAAAGCGGAGGUGUUCCUCAUCUUCUCUUUUCUCCCUUCACUAUCACCCUAUGUAAACGAACUAUAUUUUAAUAAAUAACUCAGUAUUACA